AUGGUUCAACACGAUGGACUUCCCUGGGAGCGCCCCGAGGUCUUCUAUUGCAUCCAAAAGAUCAUACCCAGUCUCCCGCAUUUACGCAGAGCCCUCAUUGCAUUCUUUACUGGUGCUUUGGAGACCUGGCAGCGGUUCACAAGUGAAUUUGCUGCAGGGUCACCAAUCGCUUUGCUGACCCCCGAGCAGCAUGAACACGCCGCAAUAUGGGUGACCAAUGAUCACAAUGAGUCAAACCUAGGGAACCUUCGUGUUCGGAUGUGUCGUGCAGCGAACAAAUCCGAACUUACCUACAACACCGAGAAGAUGUUUGCCACAAACAACACCUCGAUCUUCGUACGCAAGCAUCUGUCAGGUUCUCCUGGAGACCUGACUUAUCUUAGCGGCUAG